CAGAAACUAAAAAACAGUUCAAAUAAUCUCAUAAACCAGGAGUUUCAAGUGUGAAGAUGCAAAAUAGACAACCAGGUGUACUCUGUGUCAGAACUUCAUACCUUUAUACGGUAUUAUUAGACAGAGGAUCGUUUCAAAAAAUUACGGAUCCGAACAGAAAGAAAUAAAUUAAACCAAACCCUUGUGAAACCCAGGUUAUAACUGCACAUUCUGCACUUCAACGGACCUUACCAAAGAAUGAAUCAAAGGAAAUUGGUACAUAAGAAACACCUAGAAUCAUUUCGUGAGUUUUAUCAUAACAAGGUCAAAGUAAGCAUCAUCAAAAAAUGUGACCAGAUGUACAUCAGUGAAAGAAUAAAAACAAUUCUUAAGAACAGUGAAAAUGGAAAACGAUUUUCCACCCAUGUUUCUGCAGAAGGCUCUGUUGCUGUUGGAGUUCAAGUUUGAAAGGCAAACGAGUUGGACUUUAGUAUUAAAAUUCUAGUUCCAAAAGAAGACAUUAAAUUAUCGAAUAAACCCUUCAAGUACGAGUACAAGUAUGAUGAUAAAGACAGUAAAGAAAUAGAUGAGGAACCAACGUCAUGUGUUGAGGCAGGAAAACGAUAUUUCCCAGAUGAAGAUCAUGAAGAUAGACAGUUAAUUAAGACACACGAAGCGCCUGAAAUUCAGAAUGGGUUCAUAGCUGUUAGUAUUGGAAAUAACGAUUAUUCAAGAUUUCAAGAUUGUUGCAUCCCUGCAAGAGGUCGCAAGUGGCUUUUACCAUAUCCACUUCUUUGGGAGUUUUAUCAUUUUGUCGAUACUGCGGUGUAUGGACUUGAUGGCGUGACUUUGAAUAAGGCAGCAACAGGUCCAGCUAUAACACUGACAUUCAAACGGAAUGGUAGACCAAAUAUGUCCGCAGAUAUUACACCCAAACUGAUCCUGUCACGCAAAACACUAAGUUUCAGGGAUUUCUCGUGGCCAAGGCACGCUACCAGAAAAUGGUUGACAAAAGAGAAGAUAGACCAAGUUGCCUGUCAGCCGAUAUAUCUAGUACCAAAGGGAGACAAGUACUGGAAAAUAUCAUAUGCAAACUAUGAAAACGAAAUUCUGAAAGAUAUCGAUGAUAAUAAUACAUGUCGAAAGAGAUGCCUUAAAAUAAUGAAGAAGAAAUUAAUGUUGUGGAAGAAAAAGUCAAACACCAACUUUGAAGGGCUUUCAUCGUACCUUUUGAAGACAACACUUUUAUGGAUGUGUGAAAAAUUCCCAAACGACAAAGACUGGUCUAAAGGAAAACUAGACAAUUGUUACCGAAACUUUCUGCAUCUGUUCGCAUAUCGUCUAAGGAAGAGAAACAUAGGCGAAUACUUCAAUCCAUCAGUAAAUCUACUGGAAAACAAGGAUGAAGAUUGUAUUGAUGAACUCAUAGAGUUUAUCGACAAGGAAUAUACCUCCCUCUCUAUGCGGUAGCCGUUAU